CAAAAAAGUAACAUACAACAACCCAUUUCUAAUAAACAAAAUAGACUAAACCAAGUCUAUGACCUCUUAAAGGAAACUACCUCACACCCAAACACAAAAGCACCAAAAACCAGCUCCCACGAGAUAAACUACCAAACCAAAAAGUUUUGCAACUUGAUAACCAAGCAUCCCGGCAAGCUCCUGAUGAUGAUUGAGGCCAAAACCUGACCAAACACAUCAGCAAAAAAUCUGCUAAAAACAGCAGAACCGCCCAUUAAAAGCAACCAAGAAGCAGGCACGAUGAGGCGAAGGCGCAGAUGAACGCAAAGAAGAAAGAUCAGCCACUCAUGCAAGAUACAUUAUGAUUCAACUUUUGCUGGUCGCUAGCUGAACAAAGUUAUCAAACAGUCAUAUAGCUACCUCCGAGAUGGAGUGUUUCCUGACAAACUUGGGGACGACACUUACGGAGAAAGUGCUAAACAAGGCAAUAGAAAAAUCACGCAAUAUAUUUUGCUUCACAUGCAUUGUUAAAGAAUUCAAUGAAGAAAAGGAUAAGUUGGAAGCAGGAAAGGAAACUAUGAGGGAAAAGUUUCAAGUGGCUACCAAUAAAGGAAAAGGUAUCAAAUAUGAUGCUCGAUUUUGGGAAGAACAGGCUAACAAGCUCAUUCAAGAGAACACCGAGCCAAACAAGAGAUGCUUUCUUGGAUUUUGUCCUGAUUUUAUAUGGAGAUAUAAAAGGGGAGAAGACUUGUUGACAAAGACAAAGGAAAUUAGAAAACUAAUGGAAGAGAAAUUUGAAAAUGUUGAACUUGAUCGUCAUCUUCCAGGUGUUGAGCGUUAUUCUUCUCAAUAUUACAUUUCUUUUGAAAGUAGAAAGUUGAAAUACGAAGAGCUUUUGGAUGCACUAAGAGAUGACAACAAUUAUAUUACUGGAUUGCAAGGAAUGGGGGGCACAGGAAAAACUACAUUGGCAAAAGAAGUGGGUAAACAACUUAAGACACCAGAGCAAUUCAAGCAUGUUAUCGAUACCAAAGUGUCAUUUACUCCUGAUAUAAAAAAGAUUCAAGAUGACAUUGCUGGACCCUUAGGAUUGGAAUUUAAGGGCAUCAGUGAAUCAGACCGAUCUAAAGAAUUGUGGAGCAGAUUAACCAAUGGUGAGAAAAUUCUGCUGAUAUUGGAUGAUGUGUGGGGAAAUCUCAAUUUUGAUGACAUAGGGAUUCCAAAGAGUGAUAAUCACAAAGGAUGCAAAGUACUUGUAACCACACGCAAUCUGAGGGUAUGCAACCAAAUGGUAUGUGAAAACAAAAUUCAACUAGAUCUCUUGAAUGAAGAAGAGGCAUGGAGUAUGUUCAAAUUGCAUGCUAAUCUAACUGAUAAUUCCUCCCAAAGUAUCCUCGAGAAGGGACGUAAAAUUGCAACUGAAUGCAAAAGACUACCAGUUGCAAUUGCUACUGUUGCUAGCAGUUUGAAGGGACAAAAACGCCGUGAAGAGUGGGACAUUUCAUUAAAGACCUUACAGAAGCUUGUGUCCGUGGGCGAUGUUGGUGAUGAUUUGGUUGAUAUUUAUAAAUGUUUGAAGUUUAGCUAUGACUUUCUGAAGGAUAAAAAAGCCGAGGGACUUUUCCUCUUAUGUUCUACAUUCCCAGAAAAUGCAGAAAUCUCAACAGAAGUUCUAACCAGGCUUGGCAUAGGAGUUGGCCUUUUUGGGGAUGAUUAUGGUAGUUACGAAGAUGCUCGAACUCAAGCAACUGCAUCAAAAAAUAAACUCUUAGAUUCAUGUUUAUUGUUGGAGGCAGAGGAAGGAUAUGUGAAAAUGCAUGACUUGGUUCGUGAAGUAGCUCAAUUGAUAGGAAAGAAUGAGAUUAAGAUAGUAAAUUUUUCCAACAAAAGUCAAAAGUCACUGGUUGAAAGCGAUAAGAAAAUCAAAUAUUUGAUAUGCGAAGGAAAUCUUAGGGAUUUAUUUGCAAAUAAGUUUGAUGUUUCUGAACUUGAGAUUCUAAUUGGCGACAUGCAUAUGAAGGGCUUUUUGCAAAUCCCCAUUUCAUUCUUUAAAAAUAUUCCAAGGCUUCGUGUUUUGAAUUUAUCAGGCCAUAGUUCUUAUCCUCAUCCUCUAUCAUUACCACAAUCAAUGGAGCUAUUGUCGAAUAUUCGUUCUCUAUCAUUUGCACAAGUUGAUUUGAGUGACAUUUCUGUUUUUGGAGGCCUGCAAAGUCUUGAGACUCUUGAAUUGACUCAUUGUGCAAUUGAUGAACUUCCUCAUGAAAUUGAAAAAUUGAAGAAUUUUAGAUUGUUGACGUUGGAAAAGUGUUAUAUUAGAAAUAAUAACCCAUUUGAAGUUAUCCAAAGAUGCACAUCACUUGAAGAAUUGUACUUCUUGAAUAGUUUCAAUGAUUCUUGUAAGGAAAUAACCUUACCAACAUUGCAAAGAUAUUGUCUCAGCGAUAACACCGAUUAUGCUUAUAAGAUGAAAGAUACAAUAUCAAGAGGUGUGUCUUUGACAUGGGAUUAUUUCUCAGAAGCAACAUUUAAGUAUUUGAUGGAAACAACAGAGCUUCUUCAUUUGGAAGGAAUCGACAAGGGAUGGAGAAAUCUCAUGCCUGGGAUUGUUUCUAUAGAUAAUGGUAUGAAUGAUCUAAUUAAACUUUAUUUGAGAAAUUGUCAUCAAGUACAGUGCCUGGUAGACACUAAACAUAUAAAUUCUCAAGUACCAAGUGUCUUCUCCAAUCUAAAAACCGUGACUUUAGAUUCAUGUUCUAUGUUGGUUUCUAUUUUUGAUAUGUCAACUUCUAGAGGCCUGCUGCUAUUGGAGACAUUGAAAAUAUUUCAUUGCAAGAAAUUGGAAAACAUAAUUACAACUGAUUGUGAUAAUGAUAAUAACAAUAGUUGCAACUCAAUGUUUCCAAAUUUGAAAUUUCUCUGUAUUUAUGACAGCCCCAAAUUACAAUUUGUACUUCCAUGUUACUCUGCUGGAGACUUUUUGUUACUAGAAUAUAUCGGUAUACAAAAAUGUGCUGAGCUGAAAUACAUAUUUGGCCAACACCAAGAUGCCCAACUCGCUUCACUAAAACAAUUGGAGCUUGAUGAUGUGCCAAAUUUCAUCGACAUAUUUCCAGAGCCUUCAUCCAUUAAAGGGUCAUCUAAUUCCAUUUCCAAGCCACAAACAAAAUUGGAACCAGUCAAAUCUAAUACAUUCUCUUGGAGUCAAAUAUGUUGUUACGGAAACAAAUCGAGAGGCAGCACAAGUACUAAAAUGUCAUUGGUUUCUAAGGAUCAACCGAAAGACUGCUCAAUCACCCUGGAAUCGAGCUCAUAUUUUCAUAACUUAUGGGAACGUGCUCAAUGUCUUUCAAAAUCACAUAUCAUGUGCAAUAUUAAAAAGAUGACACUGUAUAGACUUCCAAAGAUAAAAUCAGUGUUUGUAAUGUCUGUUGCAUCAAAAUUGUCAUUGGAGAGCUUGGAUAUUGUAAAUUGUGAUGAAUUGGAGCACAUAAUAGUAGACAUUGAAGAUGGCAGUGGUGGAAAUAAUUGGGGAAACAAUGUCUUCCCAAAAUUAAAAGAGCUCCUCGUCUUUUCUUGUGAGAAAUUGGAAUACAUAUUUGGGCACAUUGAUGCUACUGAUCAUCACCAAAACCACAAUAAUGAGGUGACCCACCUUCAUCUUCCAGCUUUGAAAUAUCUCAAGCUUCAUAGACUCCAAAGUUUAAUCGGCAUGUGUACCAAACACUAUUGCACAACGUUGCCACCUUUGACACUAGUUGAACUAGUAGCGUGCUCCAAGGUUGAUAUUACAUCUAUUGGUGAUUUCAUCGGUCCUAAUUAUUCCAAUAAGGAAUUGAGUGCGAACGUGGAGAAUUUGUGUCCCAAAGUAGAAAAUAUACGUUUUCUCAAAAACCUUAAGGUGAUAAAAAUUUUGGGAUGUGAAAAAUUGGAAAUUGUUUUCUCUACUUCUAUGAUAAUGUGUCUACCUCAGUUGCUUCAUAUAAGAAUUGAAGAAUGCAAAGAGUUGAAGCAUAUGAUUGAAGAUGAUUUGGAGAAUAAAAACUCCACACAUUCUAUGUCUACAACAAAGAUAUGCUUCCUAAAGUUAAGAACACUUGUUGUGCAAAGGUGCAACAAGUUGGAAAAUGUCUUUCCAAUCUCCAUAUGUAAAGAGCUUCCUGAGCUAGAUGCUCUAAUCAUAAGAGAAGCACAUGAGCUAGAGGAAAUAUUUGUAUGUGAAGAAGGUGAUCAGAAAGUCAAUCUUCCAAAUCUGAAAGUUGUAGCAUUUACCAACCUUCCAAGCCUCUACCAGACCCAAGGAAUUCAUUUUCAGGCUGUACAAAAUCGUUUUGUCCAAAAUUGUCAAGAACUCUCUCUGACUAACGCAAUAACAGAACACUUUAUAAAUGACACAAUUGAUUAUAUGUCAGAAUGGCAGAUAGAUGACGAUAUCAUGGAAUUGGCGAACCAUUUACAUGGAGAAAUUGAUACGUCCAUCAAACCUUCUCAUGGAAAUGACAAUUUGGAGGGUUCAACGCCAGAAAAACCUGUAGCGGAAUCUUUGUCUACCACUUCAGCAACAGAAAAUGAGCCUCCUAUACAAGUCAUUGAUCAUAAACAAAAGGGUGUCGAGAUAACUGUUGAAGAAGUAACUGCAUUAACUAAUUCCAAGACAUUAAAAUCCUCAACCCGUUCAAAAUCACUCGGUUCAUCUUCGCAGGAUCAAAGCAUUCAAGAGGGUUCUACGUCAGGAACAAAGAAUGACCAAGAUAUUCAAUUAGUUGAUCUUAAACAAAAGAGUGUCAGGUUAAGUAUUGAAGAUAUUGAUAAUGCAGCCUCUCAGGAAACAACUCAGACUAAUAACAAUCAAGUUUCUCUAAGCCCUAAUAUUAAGGAGCAGUUUCCUAUGGAUGAUGAAAUAAUUUCCAAAUCAAAACCCUCUCCCAGCAUCAUAUAUCCUAUUGCAUCUCAGUUUCCUUUAAUUCCUCCGAAAGAUUUUGAUUUGUAUUUGCAUAUGGAGAGUUUAUAUCGACAAUUUCAAGAAGUUUCUAAGGGUCACAGUAAUGGUAAUGAAAAUCAAAGUGCACAAAUCACUAAAGAAUUUGCAGCCUGGAUUGAAGCAGAAGCAGCAUCAUGGCACAAGUUGACUUCUUCACAGUUGGAGGUCUCUGCAUCAGAAAGAUUAGCAGGUGCAACUUUGUCCACCAUUUCAGAAAUAAUCGAUGAGCAAUUAGUUGCUCCAAAACAAAAGGGUAGCGAGAUAAGUUUUGAAGAAGGAACUACAUCAACUUGUGACAAAACAAUAACAUCAUCAACUCAUUUAGAAGUUUGUGAUGGAAAAAUAAGCAUACCCUCUUCUUCAGUUGUCAAUAUGCCUGCCACCAAAGACGUUGAUAUUGGAGACUCCCAGGAAACUAUUGCAAUGGAAGACAUCAACAAGCUGAUCGAGGAAGACCCACUUUUUGCACUUGAGAAGCUUCUUACUGGAGUGCAAAGUUAUUCCAUUAGAAGUUUACUUCAAGAGUUGAAGAUUUUGAUGGACUCUUCAUCAGACCUUGACCAUCUUCUAUCUAACCAAGAGUCCAAAUUGAAAUUGGUUUCUCUUUUUCAUGGACUGAAUCAGCAUCAACGACUCUUACCUUCGAAUGUGAAGGAGUUUGUUGAGAAAGUGCAGAACUUCUUCAAUGACAACAUUAUGAGACUCACCACUUCUCAACAACUACUCAGGAAGCACAAUCAACUUCUUGAUUUGAAAACCGAGCUGAUGAACAAACUUAAGAGUGCAAAGAGCACACAGACCCACAUUAACAAUGAAUCUUCAACUGCCAAUGCUCAGAUACAUGAACUCUCUUUACAAAUUGAUGAUUUGAAGUCAGUAGUGAACAAAUGUUAUGUUCAGAAGCAGAAGUUGAAGGCUGAAUGCACUGAAUGGGCACAACAAAGCAAAGAGUUACUCUCUGCACUUGCGUCAACGGAGAUCAAUGUCAUAGAAGCUGAACGUAUGAGGAAUUUGGCAACAGAAGGCUUUGCUAAUUUAAAAUCUUCCUUUCCUACAAUUUAGGAAGAACUAGAUAUAUACCUGCACACAAAAAUAAGUUGGGGCGUCGUAAUUAUUGUUUUUCUUAAUGCCGUGUUUUUUUUUUGUACGCUUAGUGCUGCACUCUUUUUUCCUUCACCUGGUUUUAACCCAUUGGGUUUUACAGGUAAGGUUUUUAAUGAGGCAGUUAUAUCACACUGUUAUUCCCUUGUGUAAUAUUGAUUGUCUUAGUCCCCAAGUUUGUAUUCUUUUUAAUCUUAAUUUUAAUCAUAUGAUUGGAGUACUCCA